AUGUAUCUACUCUGGACCUUGCAGCUGCUCUUAUCUGGAAGUAUCUGCACAGUUCUCUGCCAGUUUCAACUGGCGACGAGCGGUGGCGUCUCUAUUCCCAUCUUUCGUGUUCCCCGCCGUCCGUCUCUCUUGGCUCUAAGCGGCUUUGUCCCACUUUCCGAUGCGAACGAGUUCGCCUACCUCGUGGACGUCAUAUUCGGCGGACAGAGCUUCCAGCUUAUCCUCGACACCGGGUCUUCUGAUCUGUGGGUUGUAUCUUCGAAUUGCGACGAGCAAGAUUGUCAAGGUGUCCCAAGAUACAACGACACGUCGUCGCUGAAUUUAUCAGACGUACCAUUCGAUCUGAAAUAUGUCCAGGGUUCGGUUUCGGGCACCGUAGGAACUGAGACGGUCUCGGUGGGUUCGUUCGAAAUAUCUUCCCAAGUGUUCGCGUUGGCCAGCAACACCUCUGGACUUGACUUAACGGGAACGGGAAACAGCGGUAUCCUGGGGCUGUCUUUCGCCGUGGAAGCUGCUAUCCCGGACACUAGCGGGAGAACCUUCCUGGAGAAUAUCCUAGCAGCGUUCAGCGAAGACAACCGCUUCUUCGCCUUCAACUUAGGCCGAGGACAGAGCAACUCUUCCUUCACCAUAGGACAGCUAGAUACGACCUACGUCAAUUCCACCUCUAACUUGAAGUUUCAUCCCGUCUCAUCUGCCGGUGGGGAAGGCUAUAACUACUGGAAACUAUCUAUGCAGUCUCUGACCAUCAACUCCACCGAGUUUGCUCUCUCGGAUUCUCGCGUUACUGGCGCCUCCACGCCUAUCAGUGUCCUGGACACUGGCACGACACUCAUCUUGGGCCCUACGGACGACGUAGAUCGGUUCUGGCAGUCUAUCGGAGCCUCAAGAAAGACCGACGCAGGAUGGGAAGUUCAAUGUGAUCGCAGUGUUAUUGUUGGAUUCGUCCUGGGUGACGACAGCAACAGGCAAGAGUACAUCAUCGAUCCUGCGGACCUGAGUUGGAAAGAGGACGGCCAGGAUGAUGGUUGGUGUAUGGGCGGCAUACAGGCUAACGACGGAGUCACUUCGGGAGAUUGGCUUCUCGGCGACACGUUCCUGCGGAACGUGUAUGUCACCCACCACGUUGCGACAAGCAGUCAGCCGCCCACGAUCGGCUUAUUUGGCCUGACGGAUCCUGUGUCGGCCCUGACGCUUUUUCAAGAGGCACGGGGGAACGACACCAACGGCCCUGUCAAAGUACUCUCGAGCACCCAUCAAUCACACGGCUUGGGAGCAGGAGGCAUUUGCGGGAUUGCUGUCGCGGCCGGAUUUGUCCUUGGGGCUGUGGUGACGUUCCUCAGUUGUCGCAUAAGGCCGAGUUACAGGAGGUUGCGGGUAACGCAUUGA